AAAAUAAAGGUUCUUCAGAGGUCAUGUGAACGGUCCAGAGCUGAUCAGACCAGAUGUAACCAUCCUGGUUUACUAGUAGCUGGCUCCUUGCCCACACAGGCCACCCUCUCCCCGCCUUGGCGCCCCACCUCCAGGAAACCCAGCUCAGUCUGUGAACCUCUCCUCCCCGCCUCCACCCCUGCGCGUCCUUACGUCCUUACGUCCUUACGUAGCCACGCAGGCAGCGUGCACCCGAGGAUGUUCAAAGCGCGGCGAGCACGACGUUCAAAGCACACAGCGUACUGCGCAGGCGCGAGCGGCGAGGCGUUGCAGCCACCGUCAUGGCCUGUGUCAACUCCGUGCCUAAACUCUACAGAUCUGUAAUUGAAGAUGUGAUUGAAGGAGUACGGGAUCUAUUUGCUGAAGAAGGUAUAGAGGAACAUGUCUUAAAAGACUUAAAGCAGCUCUGGGAAACAAAGAUUUUGCAGUCUAAAGCAACAGAAGACUUCUUCAGAAAUAGCUUCCAUUCACCUCUGUUCACCCUUCAGUUGCCACACAGCUUGCACCAAACAUUGCAAUCAUCAACAGGUUGGAUACAUUAUUUUUUUUUUUGAACUCUUCCCAGUCUUACCACAGCAGAACUGAGCACCGCAAACUCCAGUGCACACUUUGCUUUUCCUGGUUAUCCUAUUCAUGUACCAGCAGGUGUGACGCUACAGACUGCAUCUGGUUACCUUUAUAAAGUCAAUGUUCCAAUUGCGGUGACACAGACUUCUGGAAAAGCAAGUAUUCUUCAGCAUCCAAUUCAGCAAGUAUUUCAGCAGCUUGGGCAGCCUUCAAUAAUACAGACCAGUGUUCCACAGUUGAAUCCAUGUUCUCUUCAAGCAGCUAUUGAAAAAUCACAGAGAAUGGAAACUGUGCUCCAGCAACCCACAAUUCUUCACUCUGGGGCAAUGGAUAGGAAGCAUUUAGAAACUGCCACCAGUGAUAUACUUGUACUUCCUGGAAAUGAGCAUAAAAUCAUGUCUGAAGCUUUGUUGAGUCAGCCAGCAAGCUCUCAGUAUGUCAGCCUUCCUGGUGUUGGAGUUCCUCCACAGGUCUCUCAAAGAGAUGCCAAUGCGGAGCCAUUGCUGAGUGUUUCAGCUGGUGGGACUCAAAAUCUGCAUGGUGGGCCCAUCGCCACAGGCCCUCAGGGGGCUCAGCACCAGCACUCAUCUGAUGGUCAGCUUCAUUUUCUUAAAAAUAGGCUGUUGGGAUGUGAUUCUGUGAAGCAGCCAAGAAAUACAGAGGAGCCCAGCAGCCUACCUGUCUCAGAGAAGGAUUAUAAUUCUCAGAUGGGUUUAAGCAUUCAGGUACCUGAUGAAGAUAUUUAUGAAAUAAUUCAAAUAGAUGGAACUGGUGAUACAUCUUCCAAUGAUGAAAUAGGAAGUACAAGGGAUGUAGAUGAGCAUGAAGUUCUAGAGAUUAUUAAUGCAGGAGACCUGAAGGUACUUGAAGGAGAAGCUGAUAACAUAUCAAAUGGAGAUUCAACUACUAACAGUAGUGAUAACGAAGACCCUCAAAUAGAUAUUGUGGAAGAGGACCCCUUAAAUUCUGGAGAUGAUGUUAGUGAACAGGAUGUGCCAGACCUGUUUGACACGGAUAAUGUAAUUGUCUGUCAGUAUGACAAGAUUCAUCGAAGCAAGAACAAAUGGAAAUUUUAUUUGAAAGAUGGUGUUAUGUGUUUUGGAGGGAGAGACUAUGUAUUUGCAAAAGCCAUUGGUGAUGCAGAAUGGUAAAACUUAGGAGCUCAAUACAUCAUAAACAUCAGUGGG